ACUGUCAACUGUUUUGUAAAUUGUGGCAGGGGGCUCAGGAGUUACGACAAAGACCGAAAUUACCAUAAUUGACGGAACAAUGAGGUAAAUGCUCUAUCGUAGAGACAUUUGCUGUUUGCUCGGAGGUAGGAAAAUAGAAGUAUGUUAGUAGGUAGCUCUCGUCUCAUGAAGAAAUGAAAAAGAAUACUAUUUUGGACUCCAGGUGGUGAAAGAACUUAAAACUUUGGAAAAGUGUGUUAAAAGGUAUUCUUAAUGGUCGUGUGUCUGAUUUCAAAAUCUUAAGAGUUCCGUAAUGGGCUUUAUAAGAGGACAUUGCACUUUUACUACUCUUAAUGUUACAUAAACAACUUUAUCACCUGAACGUUAUGUCAGCAUCCACGGCAGAAGCCAGCUCAUCCCCUCCAGCCUCCUGCCAGGCUCGGUUACAUCCUCUCCGUGUCUCGGUGCCGUACCAGCUUUUGCGUGGAAACCAGCACAGCCCAACCCGCUCCGUUUCCUCCUCCUCCUCAGCAGCCGGGAGCAGCUCGACGUCCCGUUGCUCCAGUCCCGCCAACCCGGGUGGAAGCAGCUCGGAGGGCAGGCUGGUCCCCAGGCAGAGACUGUCACCACCGGACAGCAGUGAACGCUCUCCCCUCUCACCUCCAUCUAAAGUUGAAAGGAGAAAACCCCAGCAGGCACGGAGCUCAGGGGCCAUUUGGCGGACUUCCUCCCUUGGCACUAUCACAGGGCCCUACCUCACCGGGCAGUGGCCUCGUGACCCCAAUGUGCACUACCCAUCUUGUAUGAAAAAUAAAUCCACACAGACUCCUGGAUGUUGGAGUGAAAAGUCAGGAGAGAAGAGGAGCACCCACCAGCGCUCUGCGUCUUGGGGCAGCGCUGACCAGCUCAAAGAGAUUGCGAAGCUCCGGCAUCAGCUCCAGGGCAGCAAACGAGGAGGACGUCACAGUAAAGAGAGAGAAAGACUAUCCCCCCUCCAGUACAGCAGCAUCACCUACACCGCCAUAGCCAGCACCACCAAUCACAGCUCCACAGCAGGCCACUAUCAGCAGUUUUCCAUGUCGAAGUCGGCUCAGAUGCCGCUGUCCAACAUCACGGUGCCAAAGCCCUCCAUCUCCAGGGUGCCCAGCAGUAUGGAGGGCAUCAACCAUGAGCUGGAGAAGGUCUUCAUCAAAGACAAUGGGGAGAAAGAAGAGCUGAAGUCCCUUGAGGUUCCUGAUGGCCGAAGGGCACCCUUCCCUCCCCAGCAGCGCAGCAGCAGCACCCGCAGCGUGGACACCCAGACCCCGUCAGCCCCGGGCCGGUCCAGCAGCUGCUCCAGUCUGUCGCCAUGCCCCUCGCCUGCCUGUCCUCCAGGAUCACAUGACGGCAGUCCUUACUCCACGGAGGAUCUACUCUAUGAUCGGGACAAAGAUAGUGGAAGCAGCUCACCUCUGCCCAAGUUUGCCUCCUCGCCCAAACCAAACAACAGCUACAUGUUCAAGCGAGAGCCGCCGGAGGGCUGUGAGAAGAUUAAAGCUUUUGAAGAGCAGAGUUCCAGACAGUCAGCGUCAGCGUCAGUCCCGCUCUUCUCCUGCCCCGACAAAAACAAGGUCAACUUCAUCCCGACAGGCUCUGCGUUCUGCCCCGUCAAACUCCCCGGCUCCCUGCACCUCAACCCGGCCUCGCAGCCCGAGGAAGAUGAGGACAGCACGGAGCCACAGGGGGCUACAUCACUCUACGGCGCCCCAACUCAGGUCUCCACGAGCACCAGCACAGACGACCCCCUGGAGGAGCCCGGCUCGCCCUCAGAGACCUCAGACCCCCCCACAGACAGCCCAGCCAUCAGCUAGACCCGAGCAGAGCUGGCCUCUGGCUUCGGAUCCACCGAGCAUCACCACUGACUGUCCCACCAACACCUCCCUCUGCUCCACCAAGGGGGGCCUCCGUCUCUGUGCUGACCCCCUCCACACCCCGUCUAUCUCUGCAUGACGUAGCAACAAUGUCCCAAUAACCACCACCGCCACCACAAAGACUCGCCACCUCGUUGUUUGUCCUGCGUUCUGUCGUUGGACCUGAUGGUUACGAGCGGCUGCGGAGGGAAGAAGGGAGCACUAUGGAUGGGGGGAGGGGCAUGCAUUUUAAACUGGUAGUAUAUUUCUGAUUAAAUUAUGUGUUAAUGUGUUCAGUUUCAACAUUCACAGUAUGAAUAAGCUCUAAACAUAUAUAUACACAUAUAUAUCUCUAUGAAAAGAAAGAAAAUGCUCGUUUAAAAAGAAGAAAAUCCAAACUGUGUAUUGCUGUGUGACGUAGCGGACAGGAGGAUCGGCUGAUCUUAUUCAGCUGUUUACACGAUCCAGGCGUCAUCAUUGAACCCUCUCUAAAGAGAAUAACUUGGCAAAAAGAAGAGAAAAUAAUGGAAGCCCAUUUCUGCCAGUAAAUGAGAAAAUAUAUGAAAGCGAAGCACUGAUGGAAAAGUAAGUCAUAAGUCAGGAUGUAAGAUCAUUUCUACAUAAUAUCAGAAUCAGCAGGUCAUAGCUUAAAAAGCUACUUAUCUUUAUCAGCAGAUACAAAUAUUUAUAGCUGAUAUAUUGGCUGCACAUAUCGGCAGAAAGGGAUCUGAUUUUUAAGGAAAAUUAAUGUUUAUAAGCCAUAAUUUAACAAAAAUUCAAAGACUGGAGGUGGACAAGAUUUGGACAUCCAAGUUUGUUAGCUUGAUGCAAACACAUAAUUGAAACUGCCAUUAACAGGCUAACAGAUUUAGCAUUGCUAACUUCAGCUUAAGAAAUGAUCUAUUUUACUUAACAAGAUAGUUAAAUCAAUCACUGACAUCAAAAUGUUAAGUAAAAUGGAUCAUUUCUUUAUUUAACAGCGAUCAGUGUCUUUGUACCUUAGUUAAAAAUGAUGAAUGCAGCUUUGAAUUGAAUGGUAGUUGUACAAAAUGUUUGGAUAUUUGAAAAUCAUUUCCCAUAUCCCUUGCUUCACCUUAUAGGGCUAGCAUUAUGUUUGUUAAGUUUGUAUAUCAGCAUAUCAGAUACAGGCAAAAAUAGGAAAUCAUGCAUCCCUAGACCAAAGUCAUAAUAAUGAGAUAAAAGGACAAAACUAUGAGGUAAAAGCCAAACUAUGAGAUAAAAAGUCAAAGAUAUGAGAUAAAGAGGAAAAAUUAUGAUAUAGAUGGUCAAAAAUGUGAGAUAAAAAGUAAAAAUUGUGAGAUUCAAAAGUCAUGAGGUAACCAUUCAAAAUUUCUGACCUUAAACAUCAAAAUUAUAAGAUUGUUAGUUGUAUGUAAGGUUCAAAUCAAGCAAUAAUUCAUCAAAAUGAUAAAACAAUAAUCUGUAAUUAUUAGAUAUCUUCAAAAUAAUCAGGUAACUCCGAAUUAUGAGACUGUUGUAGUAACUGGGAGAUUUGAAAAAAAAAGGAGCAAAAUAAUGAAAUAAAAAAUCUAAAUUGAGAUUAUAAUCAGAAAAUUGUGGUCGAAAAUUAAAAUUAUGGCAAGUCAAAAAUAGAUGUAAAAAGUAUAAUCUUAAACAAAAAAUUUGAGUUUCUAAGUCAUACUUGUGUGGUAAAAAGGAAAAAAAUACAAAAUAAAAGACAUAAUUAUGAGAAAAAAAUAUAGUUUUUAUGAAAUAAGUCAUAUUUUAAAGUUUAUGGAAGAAUUCUAAGUUGUGAUUGUGACAUUUGGGGGGCUGCCAAAAAUAGAUUUUUGACUAGAAAUGAUAAAGCAUGAUGAAGCAGUUAAGUGGUUUAUAAAAAAGGUCUUGUGAGAAGAAAACAUGCAUAAGCCUUUUAAGGGUUUUAUCGGUGAAACAAAGUCUAUGUUGAGUUGCUUUUUUCUUCUCUCUUGGGUCCUGGAGGGAUCCACUUUUGUUAGGUACAUAUGGGGGGCUCCAAGGAAAAAUGUUUGAGAAACACUGAUUUAGGAUUUUAAUUAAAAACGACUUUUUCAUAAUUUUGACUUAAUGUCUUAGAAUUUUCUUUUAUCUUAUAAUGACUGUUUAUGCAAAAGUUAAGAAGUACUUUCUCAUAAUUAUACCUUUUUGACUUAUAAAUUUGAUAAUUCUCUCAUAUUUUCAACUAUCUCAUAAUUGAGUUUUUAUCUCAUAAAUAUGACUUGUUACCUUAUACCGUCAACAUUUUAUUCUAUCAUUUAAUUGUUCCAUCAUACUUUAUCUUGUAAUGUUCACUCCUUAUCCCACAACUUUUUUUAAACUCAUAUUUGUGACUUUUUAUAUCAUAAUUGACUUUCUAUGUCAUAAAUGACAUUUUCUAAUUAUUAUGAGUUGAUGUAUAGCUUUCAUAUUCUCUCCUUUAAAUUUUUACUGGCAGGAAUGGGCUUCCCUAGAAAAAGGCCACAAAUUGGUUGCACAGUGUCUGCCUCGCUUCAGGUAUUUCACAAUCAGAGCGUGUACUCAGGUAACCUGGAAUGUAUGUCCAUACAAAGAUCUGCAGAACAGCUUUCAUCACUUCCUGGUUUAUCUCAUUCCAGACGAAUCAUUCCUUUAGUUUUAGAGCGCGGACUGCGAGCAGGCGGAGAUGGCGAAACUUUGAUGGAGGGUUAGAGGACGGACCACACACACUGUGACUGAAGGCACUGCCCGCUGUGUGUGUGUGUGUGUGUGAUGACGGAAGCAUGCUGGACACAGAUUUGGACAAUGUGCAGGGGUUUGAUGGGUUUUUAAAUCCUGAAGACGAUGUUUGAUCGUUGACCAGAAGUGGACGAGUCUGCAGAACUGUCACAUGAAGAUACAAUCAAACUGAAGCGUUUGCUGCAGGUUGGAGGUUGGGUUGUACAAAAAUAUUUUUGGGCUAGAAAGAAUCAAAUAACGAGGUAACCUUUAAUAUUUGAAGCCAAAGAAGCAGUUUUACUCUGCUAGCUGGGUGUUUUUAAUGCCUGGGAUAGAUUUAUAGAUAAUUCAGGGUCAAAAUGACUAAUUGGUACGAAGGCUAUCAUGACACAUGCCUACGAACUGUAAUAUAAUACUAUUAAAAAAACAUUACAAUAUCAGUCCUUGUUAACCACAGCAGAAGUCGGAGGCUUCCAGUCUGAGGAGUUCUUUUUAUUUAUUACCCAAAAUUAUUUUAUUUUUAUUUUAUAUUGCUAAGGAAACAAGUUUGAACUUCAAACAAAUGUAUUUAUUUAAGUUUACCAUCAAAACACGCAUUUUCUUAUCUUCAAGUUGCAUUUAAACACAUCAAGAUGAGGUUUUUAUUUCCCUUCACCUUAUAGCCAUUUUACCUACUUGACCUUAAGGGAAUCAUAAUAAAUGUCAUGUCAGCUAACAUGCUAUCAGCAGAUGAAGGUUAGUUAACAGGGUUUUAUCUGCUGGUUUAAACAAUGAUUUAUCACAGAUUGUAAAGUUGGAUUGAUAUUUUUGAACGAAAAGGGUAAGAUAUGUGACCUUUAAAAAAUGAAUGAGUAUUUGAUAUCAAUAGGGAGGUCAGUUUUGGGUGAAAAAAUGGCUCAGUGGAAGUAGAAUAAAAUAUUAAUGUAUAAUAUUUUUAUAGCUACAGUAUGAAAAGUGCUAAUAUAUCUUGAGGCCCCUUAGGGCACAAGAACCCAGGCAUUAUUAUUUCUGAUAUUUUGAUCACAUAUUUUAAUUACAAAUGGGUGUCUAUGUAGGUUCUCUUUUAUCCAGGUCAACGUUAUUUAAAAAUUGGUUCAACGAGGGGAAACUGGAUUUGACUGAGGUUCUUGAAGAUGUUUGGCCUCUUCUCCAAAAGCUUUCUGUUUUUAAUAUUUUUGCAUAAUUUCUAUAAUGACUGCCCUUCUCAGGCAGUGCAAGGAAACAUAUACAAGCAUUGCUUAAGAUCUAAAACAUUUCUAGCUAUCACGAUGAGUGUUUGUACAACUUUAAACUCCAACCUGCACAUCCAAACUAAGACUGUUCUGAUAAUCCAAAUAUUGUUAUUCCAUUAAAAGCAUUCCACGAGAUUCAGCAUCCCAGACAUAAAUAGGCUCCUGAUGCUUCAUUCCUAAAAUAUUUCAGCCUUUUGAUUGGAGAUGAGCUGCAGUGGAGAGACGUUUGGUGGCGGCGCCUUCAUGUGUUUGAUGCACAGAUGAAAGGAACGCGCCGGCCUGCCUCCCUCUCACUGUCUGUCCGUUAAUACUCAGUGUCGUAGGCACCCUGGCGCUACAAAACACCUUCUUUACAUCUCAUGUACUCCGUGCCGUAGGCUGUUAAAGAGCAUCACCCUGCCCAAGUGUAAAUGAUCCACAACUUUCAUUUGCAAGAGUGAAAUAUAACCCACAUUUAUUUUGGUAUCUGGUGUGCUUGUGGACUCCCUGCAUUGACGCUCAUUCAUAUUUUGUAUAUAUGUGGCUUUUAAAGAGGCUCAAUGCAAUGUUGUGGUUUCUUGAGACAUUUCAGCACCUUACCAAGAGCUAUGGCUUUCCCAAUGUCCCACAUAUACUCGGCAUUGGUAAACUAGAUGUGUGCAAUAAUAGGAUAAAAAAAGGUGUUGUCCUCCCGGAUGUUGUCCGUUCUUUGACACAAGCGUCUCAUCCUGCAUUACUUUGGUUUUGAGCAUGGCGGCUGGAUCAGCAAGCAGUUUGUUGCUAAAGCCAUCAACGAUCCAAAACCAGCACCGAGAGCGAGCAGAGCACAUCACAUGCAGGUCCGAGUGUUCAUCGACUCACCACAUGAUACUCCCUGUGUAACCUGCAGUGUCAAAGAUCAUGCACAAUGGCAAUAAAAAACUAUUGGUUGUUUUGUCCA